CACCCCCUUUUACUAGAAAAUCAUGGAUGCUGAUACUGACAACAAAAAGCACUCACCAGAGAAAGAAGUUAUGAAAACUGAACAAAAUGAGGGAUUAAUUCAUGAAAUUAUGAGGGAAAACUUGCACCUGGAACAGGAGAUCAAAAAGCUUGAAGCAGAGUUAUGUUCGGACGCCAGAGAAUUCCAAAUUAAAGAGAAUAUACCAGAAAGAAAUCUUAAAUUCAUCUCAGUGGAGAGUUCGGAGCAUGAUGACCGGUUCUCAAAUAGUUGCUGUUCAUUUCAAGUGAGCUCACAAAUUUCUUAUGAGAUCCAGAAGGGACAAGCACUUAUCACCUUUGAGAAGGAAGAAGUUGCACAGAAUGUGAUAACGAUGGGGAAGCAUGUCGUGCAGAUGGAGAAAGCCCCUGUGAAGGUCACUGCACAUCCAGUCCCGCUAAACAUAGGAGUCAAAUUCCAGGUUCACGUGAACAUUUCUAAAAUGAAGAUCAACGUGACGGGAAUUCCUGAUGAACUUCCUGAAGAGCAGACAAGAGACAAGCUGGAACUGAGCUUCUGUAAGUCCAAGAAUGGAGGUGGAGAGGUGGAAAGUGUGGACUAUGAUAAGAAGUCAGGAAGCGCUGUGAUCACGUUUGUGGAAGCUGGAGUUGCUGACAAGAUUUUGAAGAAGAAAGACUAUCCUCUUAACAUGAAUUCAAAGUGCUAUAGAGUUACAGUUACUCCGUUUAUAGAGAGACGCUUGGAAAAGUACCAGGUGUUUUCAGCCAUAUCUAAGAGGACGGUGCUUCUGACUGGGUUAGAAGACGUUUGGAUGGAUGAAGAGAUUGUGGAGGAUCUAAUCAGCAUUCACUUCCAAAGGAAGAAUAAUGGAGGUGGAGAAGUAGACGUGGUCAAGUGUUCUUUAGAUCAGCCUUACAUAGCAUAUUUUGAAGACUAGGCCAGAGAAACCAUAUGGAAAUUAUAGCUUUGAGCUCAAAUUACUGUAAACAUCUACAAAAUACUGCUUUCCUUAAAAAAUAAAAAAAUAACUUUAA